ACUGUGGACGGGGGGCGGGGCUUAGCAUGCAGUACUUCCUGUCCCGACACUUCCACGCAACACAACUACGAGCUGUGAGUGAAAGUGAAGCUUCACACGCUUAACGUGGGAAAUGUGAGAACUACACGAUAAAGGUGAAGAUCACCUGAGUUUUUACCUGACUUGGUCAUGACCAGCCACGCCUGGCUGGAGUCUUCCCUGCAGCGCUCUGCCAGUCUGGGUCUCGAGGUGCUACAGCGGGCCUCCAGGCGUAGCGUGGACUGGACCAGCACUGGUGCAUCCCAGACCCCAACUACCCCAGAGGAAGACACACAAAUCCCUGUCAAGAGAUGCCACACAGAGCUUAAUGAUACCUUUGCAACCCUGGCAGAGCUCAUGGCACAGACAACCUAUCAGUGCAAGAGGUUUUAUGCGUCAGGCUGUUGCACUGACCCCACUGACAAAGAGAGGAACCACGUGUCCAGGUUCCACUCUCGACCAGCUGCUGGGAGGACAACAGCCGCUCUGCCAACCAGGAAACACGGUCGUGUUUCGGGAACAGAUGAAGAUUUCCACAUCGAGGUUUCUCCGGGAACGUAUGCCAUCACUGCCCACAUGCCAGAGUCGCCGCAGCAGACUCAGCUGGUUAGUGUCAGAGCUGGAGAGAGCAUCGACCUCACCUUUAACCUCUGACCAAACCAAACCCUUCACCUGUUGUAACAGAACGGACCAAUGCUAAGUAUACGUGUGUUGUCGCCAGCUUUACAUGGAGUUUACAUUUUUAU